CACUCAUAUAUAUACAUACAUAUGACAACAUGAUCAACUAUCUAACUUCAAAAGUAGUAGUGUUAUAUACCCAUGGAAACAGCCUCAUCUCGACCUUUAGCCGUUGAAAGCUUCUCCGAUAGUUGGUUAUCGAACGUAAGAGUACCUUCCAUAGUAAACAGCCUUGAAUUUGAUGAGAGUUUUGAUUUCAACACUCCAAAUAUUGCUCCAUCCCCGACGUUUGUUCAUGCCGAUGAGCUCUUUUCUGAUGGCCUUAUUAAACCCAACGCUACUACUGCGAAUACUACCAUUGCCGGAGAUUCAAAUAGUACCACCGUCUCGGCCAUGUCUGUCGUUUCUUCAACUGCAAGUAGUGAGUAUUAUUCCAGAUUCAAAGAUAUUAGUGGUUUUGAUAAUGGUCUUGAUGUUGUUGAUGAUGAUGUUCAAAUGGGCUGUUCUUAUUACUGUUGCUUCUUCCGAAGACGGAGAACUAAGUCGCCGUCGUCAGAACAAAUCUGCUUGAGAAAGUUUUAUGAAUAUCUCAGACCAACGACACGUCGUUUAGUAGUGGGCUCGAAGAAAAGUACCAAGGUUGAUGAUAUAGAUAGAAGAAUAAUGGAAGUUCGGAGCUGGAGCAAUGGUAUAGCAUCACCUCAAACAUCUCCAGGUCCAAGCUCUGUGUGCGUGGUAGACAUUAAUGAGAGCUCAAUUCAUGAAGCCAUUCUUCAUUGCAAAAGAUCUAUAGGAAAAUGAUCAUGUUUUAUUGUUUGAAGGAGCUAGAUUAGAGAGAUUAUCAGAAGAAAAGAUUAAAAGCUUGGUGAAAAAAACAAAAGAAAAAUAUCAAGUUGUGUUCUCUGUACCGUUUCUUUUGUCGGCUUCUCCUUGGCUUGGCUGUACUUUUCUACAUAUUUAACUUUAAUUUAUUUAUAUUCUAAUAAAGAUUGAAGCUGGAGAAGCCAAUAUUGUAUA